UGGACUAUAGUUUUCACUCAGCGAGGACUGAGGCUUUGCAGCGGAGACACGUCGCCAUGUCUAAAGAGACUCCUCGUGAGCCGGAGCAGCUCCGCAAGCUGUUCAUUGGGGGCCUCAGUUUUGAGACCACUGAUGAAAGCCUUCGGGCCCAUUUUGAACAAUGGGGAACCCUCACAGACUGUGUGGUAAUGAGGGACUCGAACACCAAAAGGUCAAGAGGAUUUGGCUUUGUUACGUACAGCUCGGUUUCCGAAGUCGAUGCUGCUAUGAACGCUCGUCCGCACAAAGUGGAUGGCAGAGCUGUUGAACCUAAGAGAGCCGUGUCACGAGAGGACUCCUCCAGACCAGGUGCUCACUCAACUGUUAAGAAGAUAUUCGUGGGUGGAAUCAAGGAAGACACUGAUGAAGAGCACUUGCGUGACUACUUCAGUCAGUUUGGCAAAAUUGAAGAGGUGAACAUCAUGACCGAGAAGAACAGUGAUAAGAGGAGGGGAUUUGCCUUCAUCACAUUUGACGACCACGAUUCCGUGGACAGGAUAGUUAUCCAGAAGUACCACACGGUGAACGGUCACAACUGUGAAGUCAGGAAAGCGCUUUCCAGGGAAGAGAUGAACAGAAUUUCGAUGAGCCCAAGAGGCGGCCGUGGAGGUGGUGGAAACUUUGGCGGCAGAGGUGGGGGAUAUGGAGGUGGAUAUGGAGGAGGCCGUGGAGGAUACGGCGGUGGUGAUGGAUAUGGCAAUGGCUAUGGAGGAGGAAAUGGUGGUUAUGGUGGAGGUGGUCCUGGUUAUGGUGGUAACCGUGGUUAUGGAGGUGGUGGCGGCGGUGGUGGCUAUGGCAACCAAGGCGGCGGUGGUGGCUAUGGUGGGGGAGGAUAUGACAACUAUAACGGUGGCGGAGGAGGAAACUUCGGUGGAGGUAACUUUGGUGGUGGCGGCGGCGGCGGCGGCGGUGGGGGCAACUAUAACGACUUUGGCAACUACAACAACCAGUCGUCCUCUAACUAUGGCCCAAUGAAAGGAGGCAACUAUGGCGGAGGUGGCAGGAGUGGCGGUGGCCCCUAUGGUGGCGGUUAUGGCGGCGGUUCCGGUGGUGGCUACGGGGGUGGUUCUGGUGGGAGGAGGUUCUAGACUUCAUGGCCACAGUACUUAGGAGAGGAGAGCCAGAGAGAGAUGACAGGGAAAGGAGAGAAUGAAGGAAGCAGGUUUACACCUAGAUCUGCCCAGCCGAGCGGCGUGGCGGCGAUAUUAACGUCUGCCACGCGAAGAAAACGUGUAUAAUAGGGGAGGAAAAUCAUGUGGGGAUGUUGGAUGGGACUUGUGUGGGUGGGGUGGUGGGCAUGUGAGGUCCAACAAUGUUUUGUCAAAAGUACUCUUGUCCUGGAGGACACUUAUUAGUUUGUAGCUUUCCCUUGUGUCUGUGAAGUGUAAAUCAUUCCAAUGAGGUUUUAGGCAGGGUUUCAUUCCCAGUUUUCUUUUGCAACCGUAGGGUUUUUUUAAUGUAAACUGCCAUCAAUCAAGAUUAAAUAAACCGCUCUUCAGUUUUUUUUAUUUAA